AUGACGACCUACGCAUCUACACCGGCCACUGCCAAUACGAUCCAAGGCUGUGGUGGAUUUAUCGAGGCGAGUUCAGCAUUGAUCAAGUCAAGGAAGCCCACUGAUGCGAAAUUAGAUUAUUCACAUAUUACGGUUGAGCUUCGCACAUUGGAUGGAUUGGUGAAGGAAAGAACACAGUGUGCUCCAAAUGGUUACUACUUCAUUCCAGUUUAUGACAAGGGUUCUUUUGCGAUUAAAAUUAAGGGACCAGAAGGAUGGUCAUGGGACCCACAUCAAGUUAAGUACCUUGUGGUUCCUAUUGUUGUUGAUAACAACGGUUGCAAUGCCAAUGAAGACAUAAAUUUUCGAUUUACAGGAUUCUCCACAUCUGGGAGAGUUGUGGGAGCUGUUGGUGGAGGGAGCUGUUCACAUAAGAAUGGAGGUCCAUCUAAUGUGAACAUUGAGCUUUUGUCUUCCAUGGGUGAUCUUGUCUCUUCUGUUCUGACAUCAUCAGCAGGAAGUUACUCAUUUGCUAACAUUAUUCCAGGAAAAUACAAAUUACGUGCUUCACACCAUGAUUUGCAAAUUGAAGUUAGAGGUUCCACUGAGGUGGAAUUGGGGUUUGGAAAUAGCUUAAUUGAUGACAUUUUCUUUGCCCCUGGAUAUGAUAUUCGUGGAUAUGUGGUCGCUCAGGGAAAUCCCAUAUUGGGGGUUCACAUUUAUUUAUACUCGGAGGAUGUCUUGGAGGUAGACUGCCCCCAGGGAUCUGGUAACACGCCUGGACAAAGAAAAGCACUCUGUCAUGCUGUAUCUGAUGCUGAUGGAAUGUUCACAUUUAGAUCGAUACCCUGCGGGGUUUUCGAGCUUGUACCUUUCUACAAAGGAGAGAAUACAGUGUUUGAUGUGUCACCUCCCUUCAUGUCAGUGUCUGUUCAGCAUGAUCAUGCAACAGUACCCCAAAAGUUUCAGGUCACUGGAUUUUCUGUUGGGGGCCGUGUUGUUGAUGGAAAUGGCAUGGGAGUAGAUGGUGCAAAAGUUUUAGUGGAUGGACAUGAAAGGUAUAUCACCGACAAUGAAGGAUAUUACAAACUUGACCAGGUUACGUCUAAACGCUAUAUGAUAGAAGCAAAAAAGGAGCAUUACAAGUUUGAUAAACUGAAAGACUUUUUGGUUUUGCCAAACAUGGCUUCAGUUGGUGAUAUCAAAGCAGUCUCCUAUGAUGUCUGUGGCAGGAUACUGAUGGUUGGUUCAGAUUACAAGGCAAAGGUGGCUUUGACUCAUGGACCGGAGAAUGUUAAGCCUCAGGCGACACAGACCAGUGAUGGUGGUACUUUCUGCUUUGAGGUUCCCCCAGGUGAAUAUCGAUUGUCUGCUUUUGCAGCUACACCUGAGAGUGCUCCAGAACUUCUGUUUUCUCCAUCUUAUGUUGAUGUCAGAGUCAACAGUCCAUUGCUGAAUGUAGAAUUCUAUCAGGUACAAUUGAUGUAUAGCAAAAAUCCCCAUUGCGGGCGAAGAGGGUCCAGCUUUGGGUAUGCGGUGGUGAUUUCAGUUGACAAUAUAGGGUUGCAGCAAUGGUCCAAAUUUGGAUAUCAUCAUAAAGGAGGGGAGAAGAGAAGGACAAAUUGGAAUAUCAUAACGAGUGAAGAGAAGAGGAAGAAGAUCCAGAGGCUAGGUUUUUUACCCGGAGUUGCAAGAAAAAAGCCUGCAAUUCUCUUCCAUAUUCUUCUCCCCUCUGUCAUAUCCGAAUUUGUACCAUAAACUGUAAGCUUAACUAGUCAACUGAAACCACCAUCUCGAACCCAAAUCUGGAUCACCACCACCACAGACCAAAUUUGUAGACUCAAUCCAAAUCAAACGCAGAGCCCAAAUCGUCACACCACCGCCUUCACAAACCACCACCAGAUCCAAACUCUGCCUUAGCCUAGACUUAAUGUGAACCUAAAUUCCAUACCCUUACCAUAAUCCUAAAACCCUUAAAAUUCAAACUGGCCCUAUUUUCAAAGCCCAUCACAGGCAGGCCAAAUUGAAGAUUGUAUGUGCUUGUGUGUGGGAGAGAGGUGGAAGAAGAUGGCGAUGGAUGGAUCUAUGUAAGUUUUUGUGUGUCGGAGAGAGGUGAGGAAUGGUGGGGGUUUGACGGUGGAUGGGUGUGUUGCCAAGAGGGAGUGAUGAAGGAUGGCGGGGA